ACAGCAAACUGCAAACUGCAAACUUAUCAUUUUUACAGAGCAGUGGGUGGGUAUUUUCUCCCAUCCACAUGAUUUGUGAGAUGGACAUGUUUUUGUUCAUACUGAGUCGCCUACAACAUUCAGCCCUUUCUCUUAUACUGUGGUGAUAUACACUGUAAACACACAUAAGCAGAUUUAUUUGAUGUGUUUUUUGUAGAUUAAAUGAAGGGUUUAUUUGCAAAACGGUGUAUUUGCAAAACGGUGUAUCUCCAUUUUGUAGAAUGUUGGGAAAUUUACAUUUUUGUAUUGGGCAUUCCAUUGAAUUGCAUUGCAAAAUGCAUUUUAUAUAGGUUAAAAGACUAUGUUCUCAAAAUAUUUGAAUGGUAAGAAUUCACACAUAGGUGGUAGGCCCUCUGAACAGUAAUUUUCAAUAAUAAAAUGCAAAAUUCAAAAAAUGGAGAUACACCGUUUUGCAAAUAAAGCCUUCAGAUGCAUCUGCAGUUAUUUUUUUCCUCAUUUGCCGACAGUAUCUAAGGAAUAACAUUGUAGGAAUCUUGCAUAUGACCUACCGAAAAUUAAAUACUUACACCAUCAGCAAUCCAAACAAAGAUUCUACCUGCAUCCAAGUUAGAAGUGUCCGACAGAGAAGCGCCUGACUUGGCAUGAUUUCUCAUAUGUGAAAAAAUACCCUAUAUUUAUACUCAGGAGACAAUUGCAAACAGGAAAAAAGCAGGUUAAAGACUUUCAAGGUCAACCAGUUAGAUGAAGUUGAGAGGAGGCCUCAAAGGUUAUCAUCCCGCAUCCCAUCGGGGUGUAAAUUUCUUAUGAAUCUAUGACCAGAGAUUCUUUAAGUAUAUCUCUCUACUCCAGGGAUGUCAAACUCAGAUAAUUUCAAAUGUGUAUUACAGUUGGCCCACAUACACCAUUAAUGUACAGCGUAACACAACUUGAACAUGAAAUUUGCUGCAUCACAGGAUGUGCAGACACAUUUGAACAGACAAAUAUAAUGUGAAAUUUAACUAUGAGUAUGAAGUGCAUGCAUGCACAAUUUUAGUCCAUUUAAAAAAGUAAUUGUUGAGUUCGGCCCGCGACUUGGUUCCAUAUUUUGAUUUUGGCCCUCAGUCAAUUUGAGUUUGACACCCCUGCUAUACUCUCUCUGCUAUGACUGUCUGUAAAGUUGUGGGAAUCAUGCCAACCAGAAUCUAGCGACCAAGUUAGAUGCUUCUCGGUUUGACGAGCGUAGAACCUUUGUUUGGAAUGCAGAUGGUGUGAUAAUUUACGUUUUGGUAGGUCAUACGCAUGAUUCGUACAUCCACGUCAUCCCUUACAUACAAUUGCCAUUUCAAACAAAGAUUCUAAGUACAAGUCCAAGUACGGUAGUGUGUCCAAGUACCACCUAUGCGUCCAAGUACAACCUAUGGUAUUCAUGAAAAUACAUUUUGAAAAUAGGCUAUUAAAAGGACACACCUGGACUGUACUAUGGACCUUUACUAAACUCUUGACACAACUCAGUGACAAACUGAAAGACCUUCAGAGAAUUUUUAAUUCCAAAUGAAGAUUCUAUUGGCAUCCAAGUUAGAUGUGUUCGACAGAAAAGGAAGCACACUUUACUGUGCUGCACACUUUGCUUAAGUUCUAAGCCUCCACCUCACCAUUCACCUCAUUGAACUGGUCAUCUUGUCAGCCGUUAUCUCUUACAUAACAGGCAGGUCUUCUCCAUGUCCACCAUGUAAAGGAUAACAGCCAAUCAGGUGACAAAUUUUAUGUAAUUAAUGGUGAGGUGGAGACUUACAACUCACAACAGGAAACGUAUGCAGCCUCCACCAAGACAUUAACUUCAUCAAACCGGUCAACCUUAAAGGCUGCCAUCCCGCUUAUCUCCUGUUAGGGUAGGGCAUUUUAUGUGGAACUGUUAUGUUGUAGGAAUCAUGUCAACAUGCACCAGAAUGUAGCAACCAAGUUAAACGUUUCUCCUUUGGAUAAGCGUAGAAUGUUCCUUUGGAAUGCAGGAUUGAUUAUUUUUCGGAAAAUCAUGUGCAUGAUUCCAACAACGUUAUCCCUUCCAAUGUUAUCAGGAUUCCAAACGCAGACUCUUCGCGCGUCCAUGCACUACCUAUGGUACUGAUGAAAAGUGAACGGGCAGCAUACAUUUUGAAAAUAGAUUACUUAAAAAUGACACACUGGACCUGUACUAAGCUGUUGACCAAUUUCCUUCUCUUUCUUUGGACAGAGGAAAUCAAAAGACGGUCCAGGGUCCCUGGUGUGCUCAUCACUCAGUAUGUGAAGACGGUGCCAAAGGGCUUCUCCACUCCAGACUUCAUCCGCAAACCGUUUACAGUCACGGUCGCAGAAGGUAAAAAUGCCAUCUUCAGGGCUAUAGUGGGAGGAGACCCGACUCCAAAUGUGACAUGGGGUCGUCAUAAUGGAGACUGCGCUGAUCCAGAAAAAUUUAAGGGGCGGUAUGAUGAAAAGAACCGGGAAUAUAUUUUUGAGGUACAUGGCGUUGUUGGUGACCAUGCUGAUACAUACAAGUUUUAUGCUACAAAUGAGUAUGGAAAGGCUCUGUGCACCUCCGUAUUAAAGGUGACUGAUGUUCGAUCUAUGACUCAGAAAGCUGGCCCUGUAGCUGAUCCAGAGGAUUUCAGGAAAAUGCUAAAAAAGACAAAGAUAAGACCAAAGAAGAAGCCAAAAAAAGUCCUAAUCGAUGGAGAGCUGGACCCGGCUAUGUGGGAAAUUUUGCUGUCUUCUCCCAGAAAAGAAUGGGAACGCAUUUGUUUUGAAUUUGGAGUGACAGACUUCCGUUUCAUAUUAAAGAAAUUGAAAGUGAUGAAGGAGGAAAGAGACAAGGAGCACGCAAAGGUUGUUGAGCAAGUUGACAAGAUGAAACAGAUCGAAGUGAGAACUAAUGGAACUGCUGAGUUUGGACUGAACAUGAAGCUGAAGGAUCCUGACAGCGAAGUGCUCUUGUAUAAGGAUGGUGUCAUGCUUGACUAUAGCACUGACGGUCAGGGUAAAUAUAACCUCGACCAAAGUGGCGACAAUUAUAAGUUCAGCAUAAAAGACCUUGGGCCGAAUGAUGCGGGUAUAUACCAGGUGGAUGUGGAAGAUUCCAAUAUAAUGUCAACUAAUUUCAAAGUCCAUGAUGUUGAGUUUUCCUCAGCUCUCAAAGACUGCAAAGCCAAGGAGGGCGAGGAUGCUGCGUUUGAGUGUGUUCUGUCUGCUCCAGUCAGUAAGGUCAUGUGGUACAAGAAUGAUGUUGCACAGGAAGAAGGAGGUAAAUGCGAUAUCGUUGUGUCUGAAGACAAGAAGUCUCACAAACUCGUGAUAAAAGACCUGGAACUGGCAGACCAAGGUACCAUCACUGCCAUCGCGGGCCUAGUGCCAAGCAAAGCCAUACUGGAGGUUGAAGAGGAUCCAAACAGACGCAAGGGCAAAGGGAGUGGUGAUGAUGAUGAGGCAGCAAGACUGGCGGCAGAGAGGGCAAGGCUGCAGAAGGAGAAGGACGACCUGGAGGCCCAGAGAAGGGCUCAGGCCGAGAGAGACGCAGCCGCAAGAGCCGGAGAUGGAUCUGGAGGAGAUGGAUCUGGUUUGGGCGAUGGAUCUGGACUGGGAGACGGAUCAGGAGAUGGAUCGGGAGAUGGAUCUGGGAAAGAUGGAGAUGGAGAUGGGAAGAACAAAAAGCGCAACAGAACGGGUCCUUUGGUGCCCGACACUGUCAUAGAUCCAGGAAUCUAUUUUGUCGGUGGGCUGUCAGACACCACGGCCAACAAGGGAGAGUCCACGGAGUUCUCCUGCGUCCUCAGCAGUGACAGCUGUGAAGGUGUCUGGUUCAAGGAUGGAAAUAAGCUAACCUCAACAGAUGAUAUUAGUGUUAUAAAAGAUGGGGCCACCCAUAAACUGAUCAUCAACAAGUGCUCGGAGGACGACGCAGGCAAAUACCGAUUCGAGGCCGGCGGACGGAAAUCCGAGGCCAUGCUCACCAUCGAAGACCCACCAACGCUCGACUUGGACUCAUUGAAAAAGUUCCAGGAGCCUGUGAUUGUGAGGGCGGGUGAGACGGCCUCGUUUGAGCUGGUGUUCAAGGGCAAGGAGCCCAUGAAGGUGCAGUGGUUCAAGCAGGACGAGGAGGUGCUGCCUGGACUCAACGCCAAGCUGCACUCCUCCGACUCCAUAAGUUCUCUGGCCCUCAGCAAGUGCGUGCGGAAGGACACCGGAGAGAUCCGGCUCAAGAUCAAAAAUGAUGACGGAGCCAUCGAGGCAGCUACCAAACUCAUCGUGCUGGACAAGCCCACCGUCCCGCAGCCGCCAAUUGAGGUUGUGGAGGGUUCCCUUAACGCUAUCGAGUUCAAAUGGCGCCCCCCGAAGGACGAUGGCGGAUGCCCCAUCACCAACUACACUGUGGAUCGCCAGCAGCUGGGCCGCAACACCUGGGUGAAGCUAGGAGAGAUCCCGGCCGAGCCCAAAUACAGGGACACCAACAUCGACCGGGGCAGGAAGUACACAUACCGCAUCAGGGCCAAGAACGCUGAGGGCAACAGUGACAUGUUGGUGACGACUGACAUUGCUGCCGGCAUACUAGCCUUCCCGGGCCCACCUGCUCCUCCAAAGGUAGUCAGUGCAUUUAAGGACUGCAUUAACUUGACUUGGCUUCCCCCUUCCAACACGGGUGGUUCCAACAUCGUUGGUUACAACCUGGAGAAACGCAAGAAAGGGAGCAACCUGUGGACUCUGGUGAACCCAGCCAAUGAGCCCAUCAAAGCUAAGACGUGUGCUGUAAAAGAUGUUAUUGAGGGUGCUCCUUAUGAGUUCAGAGUGACGGCCAUCAACCUCUCUGGCCCGGGAGAGCCCAGCACUCCAUCUGAAAUGGUGUUUGCCAGAGAUCCCAAGAAACGGCCAGGCAAAGUCAUUGACCUGAAACUGACUGGCUCGACAUACAACAGCCUGAGUCUGUCGUGGACCAAACCAAAGGACGUGCCAGGGGUGGAGGACGAGGCCAAGGGCUACUAUGUGGAGCUCCGACCAAUCGAAAGUCUCGACUGGAGCAGAUGCAACGCCACAGCCGUCAUCCAGACAUCCUUCACUGCCAUUGGUCUGAAGUCCAUGGCCAUGUACUGGGUCCGAGUGAUUGCGACCAAUGACGGCGGAGAGGGAGAGCCACAGGGCUUUGACAAUUACUUCAUAGCCAUGCCUCCUCCUGUGAGACCUCGCUUCACAGACAAGACCAUGAAGACCUUCCUCGUUAUACGCUCUGGAAAUACAGUGAGGGUUCACAUCAAAUUUGAGGCAUCGCCGAUGCCCGACAUCACCUGGCUGAAGGACGGGCAUCCGGUGGCCCACCACGUAACCAUCACCAACACUCACAUGGGCUCGCAGCUGCUCAUCCCCACCGCCGAGCGGCCAGACACCGGCAUCUACACCAUCUUGGUCAAGAACAUGGUCGGCCACGAGUCGUUCAACGUAGAGAUCAGAGUCACAGAUGACCCCAAGCCUCCCGGCCCGGUGGAGCUGGAGGAGAACGUGAAGGGCACGGUGACCCUCUCCUGGUCGCCCUCUCCUGACGAGAAGAGGGACGACCGGCUGCACUACAUGGUGAUGAAGAGAGACUCCAUCAAGCGCACUUGGCGCAUCGUGGCCGACCGCCUCUUCAACAACAAGUUCACCGCCGCCAACAUCCUGGCCGGCAGGGAAUACAACUUCCGGGUCUUCGCCAAGAAUGACGUGGGCAUGUCGGCGCCAACACUGUCCCCAACGUGGGGCACCAUCACUAAAAAAGAGAAAUUUAUUCUCAAUCACCCCGAGUCAAAGCCGCUGGACCUGAAUUGCGCUCCCAAGUUCCUGGUUCCGCUGAGGAUCCACGUGGCACCGCAGGGCUACGAGUGCUACAUGAGCUGCGCCAUCAAGGGCAACCCUCGGCCUCACGUCACCUGGUUCCACAACGACGUGAGCCUGAACGAAGACUCCAACUACUUCCUCUCCAACACCUGCGGCGUGUGCUCCAUGCUCAUCCUGCGGGUGGGGCCCAACAACGUGGGCGAGUACAAGGUGGUGGCCGACAACCCGCUGGGGGAGGCGGAGUGUGCCACGCAGCUCACCGUGCGAGAGUAGACGGUGCUUCUCCCUGAAGAUGAGCAGCAAUGGAAAUGUUACACAUCAGAGAGUUAAUACAUCAAUAGUAAACUGAUAAUAAGUCAUAAAUGUAUUUUUAAGACACCAAUUGUAUGCUGAAUGUCCUAGGUAGCUGUAGAAAAUGAUAAGUUGGAUGGAAAUACACUGGAAGGCAGCAUGAUGUCCUGGCUGUGUUAGUGAAGAGAUUGUUUCUUUUAUGUCUUCAUGGCUUUAGUAGUGCAUGCUAAGCACUUUAAAAUUUAAAUAUUAGCAUUUACAUAAAGCUUAAAACUACAGUCUAUUGUCAUUAAAUUAUAUAUCAUUUACCAAAAAAAAAACAUGAAGUUAUGGAUGUUGGUUUGAAUGAAUGAUUUUGUGUCAGAAAUAAAUCUGGACAGUAUA